ACUAAACCCACCAAAAAACACAUACAUACACAAAUAUAUAUGUCUAUAUUUCCGACAAUGUCUCGUACAGGCGAAAGCUCCUCAGACUCGUCCUCCGAAAAGACCAUAAAACUGUUCGGAUUCGAUCUCAUCAGCGGUAAUCGUUCGCCGGAAGUCACGACGGCGGAUAGCGUGAGCUCUUCAACGAACAAGACGGCAUCGUUUACAGCGAAAAGACUCGAGUGCCAAUAUUGUGGCAAAGAGUUUGCAAAUUCUCAAGCCUUGGGAGGUCACCAAAACGCUCACAAGAAGGAGAGGUUGAAGAAGAAGAGGCUUCAGCUUCAAGCUCGACGAGCUAGCAUCGGCUAUUAUCUCACCAGCCACCAACAACCCAUCACGACGUCGUUUCAAAGGCAAUAUAAAACGCCGUCGUACUGCGCGUUCUCUUCCAUGCAUGUGAAUAAUAAUCUGAUGGGUGUGUUCAACGAGGAGUGGUCGCCAAUGUCGUCGCAGAUUAGCUUCGGUAAUAAGGAGACGUGUCAAGAUCUUAAUGAACAGAGUGAGAAGGGUAAGCUGUUCGGUGUACGACAAAACAUGAUUCAGUUCCAAAGAGAUUUGACUUCUCAUUCUGGUUCGAAGAGAAACAUUAAGUCGCUGGAUCUUCAUCUAGGUUUUCCCGAAGAUACGGUGUGACAAAGAAAGAUAAGAAUAUGUACUAGUGCUGAUAUUUUAUUGGAAAAAAGAGAAGAAACAAACGAGACACAUUACUGAUCUUGAUGGAAUUUGAAUUUUAUUUAUUUAGG